AUGAAGAAGACCUUCCAAGUGCUCGGGAUUGUUCCCUCCAGCAAGUCGACCCGCCGACUGAUGGUCCUGAUGCACGACGCCUCGACCCCGCCUUCGCAGGCGCCAGCGCUCGCACGAGCCGCCCAAAGAGCGGUGCGAAACGACGCAGCCCCGGCCUCCAAUGUGAUUCAAGUCAUUAUGGAUGGUCCUGGAUCACCCAGAGGUCCUGUACAGACCGUGCUGCGCAAGCACUUUGGAUUGGCCGAGACGCCGUUCAUGUUCGCGCGGCCCGAGGGCGUCGUGCUUGACCCCGAGGUCGAGAAGCUUUUCUCGAAAUGCGUGAAGCUGAACCCGAUUGUGACGAAAGCCACGAAGAGGUUCCCGAUCGCUCGUCACAUGUACGAGCUUGUAUUCGAAUCCGAGCAAGCUUGUCUUGAAGCCGCUUCAGCGGGCCCAUUCCCCUACCACGGCAAGGAGAUGGUUACCGAGCUCCCCAGCGCCUCUCCCCUUAACCACGUCGUGCAGGUGCGAUUCACCUUGCCCUCCUCCUCCAGCGCGAUCCCCGCUUCCGUGCUCCGAAAAUCUCUCGAUGAUGCUAUCACCCUUUCGUUCGGCCGCGCAGGUCGCACGCAAGGUUAUACCCUGAUGCAAUUACAGCGGGGCCUCGCGGUCGAUCCGAAUGGCGAUCCGAUGGCCAUGACCGAAGACGGGUUCCACUGCGCGUACCUUCGCUUACAUGCUGAUCUUUUCCAAGGCUCCAUCGAGACGCAGAAGGGUGCGCUCAACGCCGCUUUGCCACAAGAGAUCGAGAUCCUGGGCGCCAAGUACGGCUUGCGACACGAAUUCGAGACGCACUACUGCGCGGUGUGCGAUCGCGCCGGACACCAGUGGGGCGCUUGCAGGAAGCCGGUUUCGACUCCGGCCACCGCCGCCCCUGUUCCGGGGGGCUCGACCUCGACUUCGACUUCGACUUCGACCACCGGCUUCCGAGUUGCUGGAAAGAAUGGGAAGCACGGUGGGCCUGCCGCAUUGAACUCUCGUGUCUCUGGCGCGAACAUGAUCCAGCUGGGACCUCGUGCUAACCCCGCAGGUGCAGUAACCGCCAACAAGGACGACGCGAACGACGGCGACGACGAGUCGGUCGUUUCGACCGAACCGGAGGGCGGCGACACUGGGGAAGAGACGUCGACGCGUGCGACCCUGGGCUCAACAAAGGAGACGCAGACGACGACGGCGGCGCCCGUUUCGACCCCGACCUCUCCUUCGCCUUUGUCCGGUGGCACGUCGGGAUCAUCGGCAACCUCGACAACCUCGAUAGCCUCGACGAGUCCUCGACGCCUUCGUUCGAGCUCGGCACCCGGCAACCGACGUGUCACCCGGGCGGGAUCCGCCAUGAUCCUCGGUGCAUCAGGGGGUGAUGGCUCAGGGGGCAACAGUUCAGGGGGUUACAGGUCCGAGGUGACCGAAUUCGAGGGGGGCGGCGCUGAACUGAUUUAAUCAUGAUUGAGUCACUCACCGUGUUGACGUUCAACGUCCGAUCGAUGAAGAACGCAGUCAACCAAGUCAAAAUCAUCCGUUAUCUCAAAACCCUUCGGCCGGCCCCUGCGGCCAUCCUCCUGCAAGAGCACCACCUCAGCUACAACGCGUCGCGCGAAGGCUUCGAGAGUGCUUGGCCGGGGGCUUGUAUUCGUUUCACUCCUCAUGUCCUUACCCUCAUACCCGAUGGCUCACCUUUGGCGGGCCAUCUCCUUUCCUCUACCCCGGUCGUCUUUGCAGGAGCUCCUCGUUUCGACGGUCGGAUUCUGCGCUCGGUGUUUCGUCUUGAGGAGCUCGAUGUCGAGAUCAUCAACAUGUACGCGCCGGUGCAGGAGGACGAUCGUCGCGACUUUUUCGGGCUUCUGCACUUCAACGCCCCGAGACCCAAGACUCUUCGGAUCUUGGCCGGCGAUCUCAACGAUUGUCCGGAUGUAUCGGUCGACCGAGUGUCCAUCACCGAUCGCGCUUGGACUCCUGUAUCGCACUGGCAGACCUUGCUGUCAAAGAUCGCGUUCAAGGCACUCGACACGGUCCGACAUGCCCAUCCUUGCACCCCUGCAUUCACUCGUCCUCACUACCGUGGUAGAGGGGAAAAGCGAAAGAUUUGCUCGUGGUCGCGGAUCGACUAUAUUCUUGUCCAAUGCAGUUGGGCGAACCGGUUGUUGAGCGCUUCUACGCUCUUCGAUGCGCCCUGUUCGGACCACAGACCUGUAGUUGCGACUUUCGCUUUGCCUACAUCGAACGCUGAUGCCGAACCCCCCCUUUCUCUUCCCUCCACGAGCGAUUUCAUUUCGAGGCUCAACCCAAUGGUCUUUGACGAUCAAGACUUUGUCGCAUCGAUUCCCGGGGUCGUCGACGAGGUCUAUCAAAGGCUCGAGGGGACCGCUCCGCUCGGCGACGUCUAUGACGCCGCUCUGCGGGCGGUUGCAGUCGCUGGCCAUGCACGAUACCGCUCGACUCGUGCCGACAUGCGCCGACUGCGGGCCGAGAGCCAAUCCGUCAUGGAGGCUUUGGAGGCACGCGGUGAGCACAUGAAUGAGGCCGAGCGCGAUGUGUAUGCUCUUGCCAAGUCGCGGUUGGACCAGUUGGCGGUAAAGGAGGCUCAGUGGCUGCGCAUUCGUGCGCAUGUGCCGUCAGUCGACUCGAGGGAAGGUCAAUCGGCAAGCAUUCGCACGCACCUCAACCGCCGGAGUCGCCAGACGAGCAUCGUCUCGCUGGAGGAUGUGGAUGGCACCGAGACCGUUGACAUGCAGGAGGUGCUGGGUAUUGCUUCACGGCACGCGCAGUCGCUCUUCACGCCGGACCCAGCUCGUGGCGACCCGACGAACGCACGCCGGUCCCUGCUCGACCCUAUUCGCGCAGCGAAAUGCUACGAUGACGACCGCUCGGACCCUACGUUCGGUCGUCGGCUGCCUCGUCAAGCGAGAGUGGCGCUUGACGAGCCCUUCACCCUCCUCGAGGUUGAAGCGGCGUUGAAGAAGACGGAUUCGGGGCGAUCACCGGGGCCCUCGGGCAUUCCGUACGAGCUCUUCAAGGCGCUGCCAACCUACUUUGCUCCCAAGCUGUUGGACUUGUUCAACUCGAUUUGGGAGGGCGGCAAAAUGACGGCGUCCUUGGCAGAGGGGCUGGUGCGGCUCUUGCCCAAGAAUAAACCGGGGGCCAAUCUGAAAUCACUGGGGGCAUACCGACCGAUCACAUUGCGCGAGACGACCUACAAGGUCCUCAGCAAGGUCUUGGUGGCGCGACUCAAUGGGGUGCUCGGCGAGCUUUUGCCGCCGGCGCAACACGGUUUCAUGCCAUCAAGACGUUCAGCGGACGCGGGAAGUCAUCUCACUCUCCUUCUCGAAAAACUCAAGUCGCUAGGCACUGAUGUUUUCCCCGAGGGCGCCCUCUUGUCUUUGGAUCAGCAGAGCGCGUACGAUCGGGUCGAUCACGCCUGGAUCUUCGAGGUCUUUGAGGCCUUUGGGUUCGGUGAGCGUUUCAUCUCGCUACUGCGCGCUCUCUACGAUCCCGAGACUCUGGGGGUGCGCUACCUUGUCAAUGGGUUCCCCACGGACUUGGUGCGGUUGCUGUGUGGUCUCGGUCAGGGGGAUCCCCUCUCGUGCCCGGUUUGGAACAUCACGUUCCAGCCCUUCCUCGACGCCCUCGUUCGGCGCGGGAUCGCGCUCGACCUGCAGAAGGUGUGGCCAGGGGGGCCGCGUGCGCAGCUUACGCAUCUGGUGUUUGCCGACGAUGCUGUGGUGGUGGUGGAGUCACCGGCGGCAUUGUCGAAGCUGCAAACGCUGUCGCAGACGUGGUACGAGGCUACCAACGGGAAGACCAACAUGGACAAGACGCUGGUGCUACCACUCGGACCGAACUGGCUUCGGGACGAGACUGCGCAGGCGCUGCCAACGGUGCAGGAGGGGGAGAGCUUCAAGUGGUGCGGCUAUGCCUUCUUUCGCCACGGUGACUCGAAACUGUUUUGGACCCAUGUUCUUGACAGGAUCAAGGCCAAGGCCCGCGCCGCUCGAGACCGGACACUUUCGCCGAGUGGGAAGGUUUUCUAUGCCAACGCUCACAUCAUCUCGACGGUCCUCCACGUGCUGUCCUUCGACAUACCGCCUCAAUGGUUCAUUAAGGCGGCGGAGACGGCACUUACGGACUUUGUCUGGGGAGGAGCAGGGCGAAAUACCGUCGCUCGCGAUUUCGUGUUCCAGGCUCGGGAGUGUUAA